AUGGCUAUUGCAAAAUCGGCGGCCAUGACCAAGGAAUACACGGCAGAGAGUCAAGAAGCGGAAAUGCGACAAGCUAUUACCGGCCUGUUCACGCUCUGUCUCUAUGGAAGUGGUGCCGAAGGGUUAUAUGGCCACAUUGUGCCAAUUCCAAACCAGGAUUUGGUUAAGAGUCGGUAUGUGUUCACCCGCGGGUCAACGAGGAUGCCGUAA